AUGGCGUUUCAGCAAUUUGGAAAGGGUGCCCUCCGUGUCGCCAAAAAUUAUGUCAAGAGUUACUCAGACACGCAGGCAAAAGUCCGGGAGGCAACAUCUAAUGAUCCAUCGGGGCCAUCGGGAACUCUCAUGAAUGAGAUCGCUCAGAUGUCAUACAAUCAGAAUGACUUCGUCGAGAUCAUGGAAAUGCUUGAUAAAAGGUUGAAUGAUAAAGGCAAGAAUUGGCGACAUGUAUUCAAGUCACUCACCGUGCUGGACUACCUCCUACACGUUGGUUCCGAAAAUGUUGUCCUAUAUUUCCGCGACAAUUUAUGGAUCAUAAAAACACUCGAGGAAUUCCAAUAUGUGGAUGAAGAUAGGAAAGAUUGUGGUUCCAAUGUCCGGCAGAAGGCCAAGCACAUCUUAAAUCUUCUCAGUGACCCUGCACGUUUGCAGGAGGAGCGCCGGACUCGGGCAAGUAUGCGCGACCCAAUGAUCAAAGGGCAAGCCAACCGUGGCCCCGAUCGCGAUGAAGAUGAGCUCCGUAAGGCAAUCGAAGCAUCAAAAAAGACUCUUGCGGAGGAACCUGAAGAGAAUGACCUUGCCACAGCAAUACGAUUAAGUGAGUCAAGAUAUCCCCAGCAGUUCAUGACAGCAGAAGGGGGGGUGAGUGAGGAAGAGGAGGCGACAAGACAUAAGGCCGUUAAAGACUCACACGUUGAUUCGUUAUUCGAUGACCGAGCGCAAACGCAAGUUACUACUGAUAACCUUGUCCAUCCCAGAUCCUUAUCAACCGGUUCCAACAAUAACAACCCAUUUCCCUUUAUCGACCACACUUCAUAUGCAACAGGCUUGCUACCUCAGGCCCAGGGUGCCCCCCGUGUCGCCAAGAAGUAUACCAAGGGUUACUUAGACACGCAGGCAAAAGUCCUGGAGGCAACAUCUAAUGAUCCAACGGGGCCAUCGGGGACUCAGAUGAGCGAGAUCGCUAAGUUGUCAUACAAUCAGUGCGUGAUCGUUAGGCAGCUUGCCUGGUGGUCGUGGUUCAUCAGUAGCGCUGAUGCGCCGUUGUUCACAGGAAAGACUUUGACGAGGUCAUGGAAAUGCUUGAUAAAAGGUUGA